CCACAUUCCAUAGAACAAAGAUCACUUCCCAGAAAUGAAAGUGACAGUUGUUCCCAGUGUGAGCAGAGCUGCAGACGUGUGUGUGGAACCGUCCAACAAACCUUAAACCCACUUCAUCAGAUCUGUUUCCAGUCUCAGCAGAGUCUCUACAAACAGCGAUAUGGCUGCUGCCGGUCGGGUCCGAUCUGAAGAUCAGUUCCUGUGUUCCAUCUGUCUGGAGGUCUUCACUGAUCCAGUCAGCACACCAUGUGGACACAACUUCUGCAAAUCCUGCAUCUCUGAACACUGGAGGGUUAAUGUCCCAUAUGACUGUCCCAUGUGUAAAGAGGUUUUCAACUUAAAACCCGAGCUGAAGAUCAACACUUUCAUCUCAGAGAUGGUGGCUCAGUUCAGACAAGAAGUUCAGCAUGAACCAGACAUCUCCAGCUCAGACCAACAAGCUGCCAAACCAGGAGAAGUUCCCUGUGACGACUGCACUGAACCCAAACUGAAGGCCCUGAAGUCCUGCCUGGUGUGUUUGUCCUCCUACUGUCAGACUCAUCUGGAACCUCAUCUGACACGUUCAGGACUGAAAAGACAUCAGCUGAUCCACCCUGUGGAGAACCUGGAGGACAGGAUGUGUAAGAAACACGACAAACCUCUGGAGCUGUUCUGUAAAACCGACCACACAUGUAUCUGUCAACACUGCACCUACUCAGACCACAAAAGUCAUGAUGUUACUCCUCUGAAAGAAGAACAUGAAAAACAGAAACCAAAGCUGAAGAAGACACAGGCUGAAAUUCAGCAGAUGAUCCAGGAGAGACGACUGAAGAUCCAGGAGAUCCAACGGUCAGUGGAGCUCAGUAAGAACGCUGCAGACACAGAGACAGCAGAAGGUGUGGAGGUCUACACUGCUCUGAUGGAGUCUGUUCAGAGAAGUCUGGACCAGUUCAAAGAGAAGAUCCAAGAAAAGCAGAGGAGCACCGAGAAACAGGCUGAAGACUUCAUCAAAGAGCUGGAACAGGAAAUCUGUGAGCUGGAGAAGAGAAGCACUGAGGUGGAGCAGCUCUCAGGCUCUGAAGACCACCUCCACUUUGUCCAGAGGUUCUCAUGUGUCAAAGCUGCUCCAUCCAUGAAGACCUGGACAAAGGUCAGCGUCCGUCCACCAUCAUAUGAGGGGACUGUGGCCAGAGCUGUGUCUGAGCUGGAGGACAAACUCACAGAAGACAUGAAGAAGGUGGCUAAAGCUGAGCUGAAGAGAGUCCAACAGUAUGAGGUGGAUCUGACUCUGGAUCCAGAUACAGCACAUCCUACACUCAUCCUGUCUGAUGAUGGAAAACAGGUUCAUCAUGGUGAUGAAUGGAAGAACCUUCCAGACAAAACACAGAGGUUUUCUAAAUGUCAUUGCAUCUUAGCGAAGCAGAGGUUCUCUUCAGGCAGGUUUUACUUUGAGGUUCAGGUCAAAGGAAAGACUGACUGGGAUUUAGGAGUGGUCAGAGAGUCCAUCAACAGGAAAGGACGGAUCACAGCGACUCCUCAGGACGGAUACUGGACCAUCUGUUUGAGAAAUGGAAAUCAGUACUAUGCUCUUUCUGAUCCUGCUGUCCUUCUGUCUGUGCAGUCUGGUCUUCAGAAGGUGGGGGUGUUUGUGGAUUAUGAGGAGGGUCUGGUCUCCUUUUAUGACGUAGGUUCUUCAGUUCUCAUCUACUCCUUCAUUGGCUGCUGCUUCAAUCAGAAACUCCUCCCAUUCUUCAGUCCAUACUUGAAUGCUGGAGGUCUAAACUCUGUUCCUCUGAUCAUCACUCCUGUCGACACUGAGUAAGAAAUUCAUCAAAUGUACAGAUUUUCUCUGAUUUACUGGAGUCACUAAACUUAGUGAUGAUGUAAACUGUCUGAACGUGUAUGAAUCUGGAUCCAAAUGCACUGAAAUACUAACAUUAGUGCUGAGAAUAAUCCUGGUUUGACACAUUCUGAUGCCUGUGAUUUAAUCCAAUGAUAAUGAUGAUGAUGAUGAAACUCUUUCUUCAGUCCUCACAUAAUCCAACCAGUGUCAACACUCCACACAUUACCCACAGGUUAGUGACUGAAAAGGCAGAAGCAGAAUGUGUCAUGGUUGUGUUUGUGUGGCCGCUGGCUCCUCCCUCUCCAGAUUAUCACCUCAUAACCCAUGAUCUGACUCACCUGCUGUGCGCUGCACAGCUGCACAUCAUCACCUCUCUGCCUAUUUAAGGCUUGGUUCUGCAGCCGUGCAGCGCCGGUCCAUUUGUCAUUCACCUGUUCAAUAACCCAGACAUUUUACCACUGCUAUGGACUCUGACUGCAAUUCAGGUUUUUGUUAUUUCCCUGUUUAUAUUUCUGUUAUGUUUUGUUAAUAAACCGUUAUU